UGAUGAUGUCACUGGCUCAGUCAGUCUCAGCACCACCGCUCGAGGCAGCUAGCAGAACCAUUUUGGCUUCUACAUUACAGGGCACUCAAAGAUCUCUCCACUAAGAAGCCUUGAUCCAUACAAGCAGGCCUUACCGGGCAUCCAGCUACGACCUCGCUGGAACAAAUAAAGGAUCCUCUGUUAAACAGAGAGAAAAGCAGACUGUUUUCAGCAUAUCAGAGGAAGAGCUGAAAAAAAAAAGAGAAUUAGAGAAGCCAGCACGAGAGGCAGUAGUGGGAGCUGAUCUGUCAAUAGCUGAGAGCAUCAGAGGAUCAGCAUUGUAAAGGUGUGAGCAGUGAUCUGGACAUUUAAAGCAGUGCUUUCAGCACACACACACACACACACACACACACGCAGAGGCACCAUGGCAGGGGCCUCGGUGAAAGUGGCGGUGAGAGUCCGUCCCUUCAACUCUCGUGAGAUGAGUAAAGAUUCCAAGUGCAUCAUCCAGAUGUCAGGAAACACAACCACCAUCAUCAACCCCAAAGCACCCAAAGAAACCAAAAGCUUCAAUUUUGAUUACUCCUACUGGUCACAUACCACACCAGAAGAUACCAACUAUGCCUCCCAGCAGCAGGUGUUCAGAGACAUUGGAGAGGAAAUGUUACUUCAUGCCUUUGAGGGCUAUAACGUUUGUAUUUUUGCAUAUGGCCAGACUGGGGCCGGUAAAUCUUAUACCAUGAUGGGCAAACAGGAAAAGGACCAGCAGGGGAUCAUUCCACUGCUGUGUGAAGACCUUUUUACCAAGAUUAAUGACAACAAUACUGAUAACAACAUGUCCUAUUCUGUGGAGGUUAGUUAUAUGGAGAUUUACUGUGAAAGGGUACGAGAUCUCCUGAACCCAAAAAACAAAGGAAAUCUGCGUGUGCGAGAGCACCCAUUACUGGGUCCGUAUGUAGAGGAUCUGUCGAAACUCGCCGUCACAUCAUAUAAUGACAUUCAAGACCUGAUGGACUCAGGGAAUAAGGCUAGGACAGUAGCUGCCACUAACAUGAAUGAGACCAGCAGCCGUUCACACGCUGUCUUCAACAUCAUCUUCACCCAGAAGCGCCAUGACUCCGAAACAGACAACACUUCAGAAAAGGUCAGCAAAAUCAGUCUGGUGGAUUUAGCCGGCAGUGAGAGAGCAGAUUCCACUGGAGCCAAAGGCACACGGCUCAAGGAAGGGGCAAACAUCAAUAAAUCACUUACUACCCUGGGAAAAGUCAUUUCAGCUCUGGCUGAGGUGGAUUCUGGUUCAAACAAGAACAAAAAGAAGAAGAAAGUAGAGAGUUUUAUUCCUUACAGGGAUUCUGUACUGACCUGGCUACUGAGAGAGAACCUUGGUGGCAACUCUCGCACCGCAAUGGUGGCAGCUCUCAGUCCUGCUGACAUCAACUAUGAUGAAACCCUCAGCACUCUCAGGUAUGCAGACAGGGCUAAGCAGAUCCGUUGUAAUGCUGUGAUCAAUGAAGAUCCUAAUAACCGUCUGGUGCGGGAGCUGAAAGAUGAGGUGUCCCGUCUGAAGGACCUCCUCUAUGCCCAGGGCCUCGGUGACAUCAUCGAGACGUUUCGGGGGACAGUUGAAGAUUUUGCUGGUUUGAAAUACGUAUCCGAUUACAAGAACAAUAACAAUAGUGGCCAAGCUGUCAAUCAAAGAGGUGAUCUCUCCACAGUGACCAAUGCUAUGACGGGGAUGAGCCCCUCUCCAUCUCUCUCCGCCCUGUCCAGCCGGGCUGGUUCCAUCAGCAACCUCCAUGAUCGCAUCAUGUUCAGCCCAGGGAGCGAGGAAGCCAUUGAGAGACUCAAGGAAACAGAGAAAAUUAUCGCCGAGCUCAAUGAAACCUGGGAAGAGAAGCUUCGCCGUACAGAGGCCAUCAGAAUGGACAGAGAAGCACUGCUGGCCGAGAUGGGUGUGGCCAUGCGUGAGGAUGGAGGAACUGUUGGAGUCUUUUCACCAAAGAAGACACCUCACCUGGUGAAUCUAAAUGAAGAUCCUUUGAUGUCUGAAUGUCUCCUGUAUUACAUCAAAGAUGGAAUUACCAGGGUGGGGAGAGAAGAUGCCAGCAGAAGGCAGGACAUUGUUUUGAGUGGUCAUUUCAUCAAAGAGGAGCACUGCACUUUCACCAGAACCACUGGGCCUACAGGAGAAGCCGUCAUUCUUGAGCCGUGCGAGGAAGCAGAAACUUAUGUCAAUGGAAAGAGAGUAACAGAACCCACUGUUCUCAGAUCAGGGAACCGAAUCAUUUUGGGUAAGAGCCAUGUGUUCCGCUUCAACCAUCCAGAGCAGGCUCGUCAGGAACGUGAACGAACCCCCUGUGCUGAGACGCCAAUGGAGCCUGUAGACUGGGCCUUUGCUCAGAGAGAACUCCUGGAGAAACAGGGCAUUGAUAUGAAACAGGAAAUGGAUCAGAGACUGCAGGAACUUGAGGAUCAGUAUCGCAAAGAGAGAGAAGAGGCCAACAAUCUACUGGAGCAACAAAGAUUAGACUAUGAGAGCAGGUUAGAAGCCCUGCAGAAGCAGGUAGAUCGUUAUUACCCUGAUGUGGCAGAAGAAGAUGAAGAACCUGAGGAGGAAGUGCAAUGGACUGAGAGGGAGACACAACUAGCACUGUGGGCUUUCCGUAAAUGGAGAUGUUAUCAGUUCACAUCUCUGAGAGAUCUGCUUUGGGGCAAUGCCAUCUUUCUUAAGGAGGCCAAUGCCAUUAGCGUAGAGCUAAAGAAGAAGGUUCAGUUCCAGUUUGUGUUGUUGACGGACACGCUUUACUCUCCACUUCCACCUGACCUGUUACCACCCGAGCCAGCUCAAGACCGCGAGAAAAGUCCAUUCCCUCGCACCAUUGUGGCUGUAGAAGUCCAAGAUCAGAAAAACGGAGCCACACAUUAUUGGACCCUGGAGAAGCUCAGGCAGAGGCUGGAUCUGAUGAGAGAGAUGUAUGAUCGUGCUGCUGAGGUGCCUGGCAAUGCUCUUGAAGACUGUGACAGUGUGCUGACUGGAGGCGAUCCGUUCUACGACCGGUUUCCCUGGUUCCGUCUGGUUGGAAGAAACCUCCUUUUCUCCACAUGCCUUAGUGAGCAAGCGAGCGACCCUAACUCCUCCCCCACCCCCUCUGAGCCCACAUCAACCUCUGAAAUCACUGAGCUGGUCCAGUCGUGGCCUGGCAAGAGGGUGGGGACAGAGUUGGAUGACUUGGAUGAUGAUUUCUUAUCGGAUGAUCCAUGCUCGGAUUUUGAGGAAGAGGAGGAGGGGGAGGAUGAGGAUGAUGAUGAUGAUGAUGAGGGAGAGCUCUGCAGAAGCUCCGUCGAAGCUGAGGACCCAUUUUACGAUCGCUCACCAUUGUUCAGUGUAGUAGGAAGGGCAUUUGUGUAUUUGAGUAAUCUGCUCUAUCCUGUGCCCUUGGUCCAUCGGGUUGCCAUAGUUAAUGAGAAGGGAGAGGUCAAAGGUUUCCUCAGAGUAGCUGUACAGGCAAUAUCAGCCGAUGAAGAGGCACCAGACUACGGCUCUGGUGUCCGACAGUCAGGCACCGCCAAGAUUUCUUUUGAAGACCAGCAGUUUGAGAAGUUCCAGUCAGAGUCCUGUCCUUCUGGUCUUUCACAUGCUGCUGUCUCUCAGGAAGAGCUGCGAAUUGUGGAGGGUGAGGGCCAAAAUGCAGAGAUGGGACUGUCAGCAGAUGAGGUCAACAAUAAUACCUGUCUAGCUAACCCAGAGGAGCUGGCCAGCCCUGUCAAAACUGGUCUUGACGGCAUACUGGACGGAGCUCUGGAUCACUUGAGGAUUGGAGAAGUCUUUACAUUCAGAGUUACUGUGCUGCAGGCAUCAAGUAUAUCCGCAGAAUACGCAGAUAUAUUCUGCCAGUUCAAUUUUAUUCACAGGCACGAUGAAGCGUUUUCCACAGAGCCAUUGAAGAACACAGGACGUGGUCCACCUCUUGGCUUCUAUCAUGUGCAAAAUAUUGCUGUGGAAGUGACUAAGUCUUUUAUAGAGUACAUAAAGACUCAGCCAAUCGUGUUUGAAGUGUUUGGACAUUACCAAAAGCAGGCUUUCCCUCCGCUCUGCAAAGAUCUCAUUAGCCCGCUGCGCCCAUGCAGACGACAGUUCCCAAGAGUCAUGCCUCUUUCCAAACCAGUUCCUGCCACUAAACUGACAGCUCUCACCCGACCCACGGCAGGACCCUGCCACUGUAAAUACGACCUGAUGGUCUUCUUUGAAAUCUGUGAGCUAGAGGCCAAUGGAGACUAUAUCCCAGCCGUAGUGGACCACCGGGUAGGCAUGCCAUGCCAUGGCACAUUCAUGUUACAUCAGGGCAUUCAAAGGAGAGUCACAGUCACCAUAGUACACGAGUCAGGACGAGAUAUUGAGUGGAAGGAGGUGCGAGAGCUGGUUGUAGGGCGCAUCCGGAACACGCCUGAAGCAGAUGAGACAAUCAUCGACCCCAAUAUUCUCUCUCUCAACAUCCUGUCUGCAGGAUAUAUCCGACCCGCACAAGAUGACAGACAGUUUCUUGAUUCGGACAUGCCUAGGAUAUUCUACCGUUUCGAGGCUGCUUGGGAUUCAUCCAUGCACAACUCUUUGCUGCUUAACCGUGUCACUCCUAAUGGAGAGAAAAUCUACAUGACUCUGUCUGCUUACCUGGAGAUGGAGAACUGCACACAGCCCACAGUGAUAACCAAAGACUUAUGCAUGGUGUUCUACUCGAGAGACGCCAAGGUCCCAGCAUCUCGCUCCAUCAGGAACCUCUUCAGCAGUGGCACCUUGAGGCCAUCUGAAGGAAACCGUGUAACUGGUGUGUAUGAGCUCAGCCUGUGCCACCUGGCUGAUGCAGGGAGCCCAGGAAUGCAAAGACGGCGUAGGAGGGUGCUGGAUACGACGGUGGCAUAUGUGCGAGGGGAGGAGAACCUGGCUGGCUGGAGACCCCGCAGUGACAGCCUCAUCCUGGACCAUCAGUGGGAGUUGGAGAAAAUGAGCCUCCUGCAGGAGGUGGAGAAAACCAGACACUACCUCCUCCUCAGGGAGAAGCUGGAGUCCACCCUGCUGCUGGGCCAGGAGUCGCUGCUGUCCUGCGGGAGUGAAGAUCUAACCGAGUCCUCUUCCCCAUCCACCCACCUGGGCCUGGGCCACAACCCUUGCCCCGGCCCUGACACCCCCAGUGAGAGGCAGAAGGAGCUGGCUGCAAAGUGUCUUCGUUUGCUCAACCACACCUUUAACAGGGACUACAGCCAUGUGUGUGUUAGCGCCAGUGAGAGCAAGUUGAGCCAGAUGUCAGUAACUCUUUUGAAAGACUCUGCCUCGGUGUGUGCUGAAAACACCCUCACCCCGUCCUCCACAUGCCCCUCAUUGGUGGAGGGACGCUACGGCCACAACGCUGAACUCAGACCCCCAACACCUCGAUCUCGUGCUGUCAGCCCCAUCCCUGACUCUGAAACAGAGGGCAAAAAGUCUCCUCAUGAAUCCAAAUCAAGAACCCACACUUUUGUGCCAGACAUUCAGGAAAUCCGUGUCAGCCCAAUUGUGUCAAAGAAAGGUUAUUUGCACUUCCUGGAGCCCCACAGUAAUGGCUGGGUUAAGAGAUAUGUGGUGGUGCGCCGGCCUUAUGUCUACAUCUACAACACAGAGAGAGACACAGUGGAAAGGGCCAUUCUUAACCUGUCCUCGGCACAAGUGGAGUACAGCGAAGACCAGCAGGCCAUGCUGAAGACCCCCUUCACAUUUGCGGUAUGCACAGAGCAUCGUGGGAUACUCCUUCAAGCCAGUAAUGACAAGGAGAUGCAUGACUGGCUGUAUGCCUUUAACCCUCUGCUUGCUGGAUCUAUCAGGUCUAAACUGUCUAGAAGAAGAGCCGGGCAGAUGAGGUUUUGAGCCCACCAACUCUUCGAGGACAAAAAAAACACAAAGGACUAACCUUGUAAAUAAGAUCUACUGACAGAUCCCCCAGUUUCUGUGCUUAAUCAACCCCCUGACCCUCUGUUUCCUUCAUGUGUGUACCUGCACCUGCCCACACUAGCACCAACUGUGCACCUGUAUCUUAAAGGCCCCUUUGUUGUGCAUCUACUGUGGCCUAAAUAUUCAACUUAUAGCACCAAGAGAACAGGCUAACUACUUUAUUGGGGUAGAGAUAGUAUGCUUAUGUAGUCUUCAGCAACAUUUUAGAAAGCUGGCGAUGGGAAUUUCUCAUUCUGAAGCUGUCAACUCAUGCAAACACAUCUGAAUUAGUUAUGGUGAAGAGUGACGUCCACAUCUUGGGUUUAUGGGAAAGUGGAUCACACGGCCUUGGGUUACUCCAUGGGUUUAAAGUGAUAAAACUGCUCAGUAUUUAAAUCAGCAGACCAUAUGUUUAUUCAUCUCUUGGCUAUGGAUGAUAGAAUUGAUCAAUGAUACGCAGUUCUUAGCGAGGAGCAGAUGAAUCACAUCAUAUUAUGCACUUACUCUCUUUAAGUGCAGUUGUUGGACACGAUACAACCCAUCAUAAAUACUCAUAUACCUUAAUGUUUCCCUCCUAUGGCCUUGAAAUGCAUAAAGUUUUCAAAAUAACCAGGAUGCAUUAGAGAAAAUUUGGAUAAGGAAAAUGUUUGCAUUCUCAUGUCUCUGUAUGAGAACAAUUAUAAAGAUUGGCCUAUUUUUGUUGGAGUACUGGUCAGUAGAUUUAUCUCAAAUGUACCAUAAGCCAGUCUAAUAUUUUAUAUAUAAAGAAUCAGUAUCCCCAAAUGAUCUUAUAUCUGUCUAAUUUAUUUUUAAAAUUUCUAUUAAAGUUCUAUCUUGUUAGGUAUUUAUUUAACAUGUUUUUAUUUAUUUCAGCGUGUAUUUAUUGACAAAGACUGUAAUGUUUUUGAAGAAGUACAGUGCAAUUUCUGCAUAUGGCACUUUUUUAUCACAAGAUUAUUGACCGCACUGCUCUCAUUUCCCCCGACACAGCGAAAUGCAUUUUGGGAACAGGUUAGAAGUGAAUAGCUGGGAUAGCUGCUAUUACAUGUAGAUUACUUGAAUUUAACUUUUUAGAUAUGUUAACCAGGUAUGGUUAAGAAAACAAACAUGCUUUUUGCUAAAUUUAUCAGGUUGAGUAAAAUCAUCAUCCUUGCCCAGACUCCUAAAUGAGUGUUUGUACAGUGGUCAGUUUUGGAAAAUGAGAGGUUUAGAAGUAUGUUAGAACAAAUGAAAUGUACAGUACUGAUGAGUGAUGAGAUAUGAUUUGGUUCGGUUUUUGUUUUACAAUUUCCAUCGUCUUAAUCCCUGUGCACUUCUUUAACAGGGUGAAUGUCCACUCAUUGCUACCACCCUUUCACUUUGUGUGUAAUCAUUCCCGUGCACAGGCAAAAACAGUUAUAGUUUUGAAUUUGCAUAUUUAGUUGCAUAUUGCACUUGCCCUACAUUUGACUAGGUUUGAGAUUUCUAAGCGUAUCUAAAUGGUGUAAAUCAAUUUUCUUAAUUGAUUUCACUUAAAAAUGAACAAAAGAGAUAUAUUUCUUCUGCCAGAAAAAAAUAAAAAAACAUCAUCAUGGACUCUAGAAAAAAGCCCUGCUGCUGUCAUUGUUCCAAGCAUUGUUCUGACAGGCUUUUACAUGCAACACAAUACAGUUUAAAUUCCAUUUUCUGGUUUUGAAGUCAUCUCAGGUAUGAUUGUUCUGCUUAAUGUCAAAAGGCUUAGGCUGUGCAAACCCCAUCAAACAGGCAACCGUCUGUGUUGAAAGUGCUGACAGCUUUUUAACUUCAGCCAAAUUAUUGUUUUUGGAAUAUGAAACCACAUUUUUGAGUUGCAUAAGUUAUAUAAUAGCAACAGCUGUGAUUUAAACACGGUUCUGUGGGUCAGACCUUUACUUAGGCAGUCACUGCAGCAUUAUCAUUAGACCAUAAGGCUUAUAAUGUGGUUUGGGAUGAUCCUGUAGGUUACCUAAAACGAGCUUUUCCUCCAUACCUGCAUAUUUAGAGUGCAGAUUAAAUUUGCAAACCUGAGGUUCCUCCAGGGCAGGAUUCAGGCAUAUCCACAUGACUGAGGCCAGCCAACCUUCAGCACAUGCUGAGUAUAGCAAGAAUCUGACGCUGAACUAACCUUUAUUGAAAGCCUUGAUCUGUAUAUGAAUAAACGUCAAAGAUCAACAUUUCUAUUUCCAUAAAGUGGAUUUCAGUUUUUAUGAAAAAGUGAAGUUCUGCUUGUUUGUAAAUGCAGAAAGCAUAUCCUAAAGGGAUUCUCAAUGCCUGAAGGUUCUCUGUUUAUGAAAAAUAGUUAAUGCACUUUUUUUGCAAUUUCCAUGUGUAUAACUCACUUCACUUUCAUGAGCAGAGUAAUAUAAGCAAUGCCACUACUUUUAGAAAAAAAGUGUGCAUGUUAACAGUAAUAGCAGGUGCAUUUUUGAAAAAAGUGAAUAUAAAUUUAUUUAAAAAUCUAGAGUUAAAAGAAUCACUUUCAGUUUGAGUAUGCAAGCAAAUGUGUAUUGUCUUGACUGUUUUUUGUCUGUGCACCUUGUAGAAAGUAAUGCGGAGUGCUGAAUGGUAUUCUUAAUGUAAUAGCCUGUGCUGUACCAUUUCUACAAGCAAUUUGUUUGUUUCAAGGCUUAAAACAUUGCAUUCAUUUGACCAUCUCCCAAAAUGAAAGAAUUAAUCAGUUCUCAUAAUCAACACCAAAUAUUUGUGUGCUUCCAUUUUCCUCGUAUGCACUCCAUUCAUAAACAUUUUUUUUCUGUCGUUUUCUCUGUUUUACUUGCCUUGUAUAUAAACAUGAUUGCUGUGAAUGGUGUAAUAUGCAGUUGUAACAGGUUUGUAUCAUCUUCAAUGGGCAGUAGUUUAAUGUCUCUUUCUGAGUGUUGGAAUUAUGAGUCAAAUGUUUGUGUACACUUAACACAUCGUCAGAUAUGAAAUAAAUGUGGAACUUAUGCAACACUAUGAAUAA